UCACCUCCCUCUCCCAUUUCCCUGCCUGAUGCCAAGCUAAUGCCUCCCCUGGGCCGCUCUGGAGGUGGCCCUGGAGGCCUUUCCAGACCUCUUUAUUAGUGUUGACUGCAGCUGAGGCUUGGGCAGGGAUGUGGCAGGGAUAAAGGGGGUUCCUGGCCAGGCAAGACCCGUGCCUGCUCACCUGAGUGAGGUCAUGGCUCCCCGCGGCCACUUAGGGCUCAGGGUGUUCCUACCUGGCCUUGCCCUGCUGGGGUGCAGCACUGUCACAAGGUGUCCCCGGCCACACACAGGACUCUGGCCGCUGCCAGGCGUCUCCCGUGGUGCAGCCAUGAUUGGUUUAAAGUCUGCACAUAAUCACCCACCUGGCUGUGGGGCUCAUAAAACCUGCUGCAAAUUAGACAUCUACACCACUCUCACGGCUGCCACACCGCUGCCUCUGCCCUCUGCUUGGCACCAUGGGCACCACUUCUUUCUUGAGGAGGGCCCAGGCUCUGCUCCGCAUCCGGAACCAGCUGGUGCGGGAGUGCCUGGCUGAGGUGCUGGCCACCUUCGUCAUGAUGACAAUCACCCUGGGCAGUGCUGCACAGAAGAUCGCCUUCCUUCAGACCAAGGGGAAUAUCAUCACCAGCUACCUGGGAGGUGCCCUGGGUGUCAUGGCAGGCAUCUACACAGCAGGGGGAAUCUCUGGGGCCCACAUGAACCCGGCGUUCUCCUUAGCCAUGUGCCUGAUAGAGCAGUUCCCCUGGUGGAAGUUUCCCAUCUUUGUGGUUGUGCAGAUCUUGGGAUCUUUCAUAUCUGCUGGAGCUGUUUACAUCCUCUACUAUGAUGCCAUCUGGCACCAUAGCAAUGGGACCCUUACUGUCUCUGGCCCCCAAGAAACUGCCUCCAUCUUUGCCACUUACCCUGCUGACUUUGUGUCUGUUGGCAAUGGCUUCUUGGACCAGGUGAUCGGCACAGGGGUGCUGAUAGUGGUUGUCAUGGGCAUCAUGGACCCCCGCAACAAGCCCGUCCCCAAGGGCCUGGAACCAGUGGUUGUGGCUCUCUUGGUGCUCUCCAUUGAGUGCUCCAUGGGGGCCAACUGUGGCUGCCCCCUGAACCCUGCACGGGACAUCGGGCCCCGGCUCUUCACCUAUCUGGCAGGUUGGGGCCCAGAGGUCUUCAGGUGGGUAGAGGGAAGGGGGCGAGGUGGGGACGGCGAGGUAGGGAUGAUCCUGAGCCUUCCCUGUCCCAUCCUCAGCAGGGGCAAUGGGUGGUGGUGGGUGCCACUGGUAGCACCGCUGCUGGGGGCCGCCGUGGGCACGUACCUGUACCAGCUCUUCGUGGCUUUCCACUACCCGGAGGAGGACAGCAAAGUCCUGGCAGAGCAGGGCUCCAUCGUUUUGGUCAACACCGCCAUCGACGCAGAUAUUGAGAUGUCACCCAAGGAAAAGGACGCUGCCAAGUAUCCCCCACCACCGAGCGCCAGCAGCACAGUGUCCCCCACAGCCGCUGUCACACCAUUAAAAGAGUCCUGAGGGCACGGGGUGUCUUGUCUGUGGACAUGGGGGGGCAGGGAUAUGGUGGAAGGCCAGCCAGGCCUGGCUGCAGGGGGACCCCAUCCCGGGGGACACGAGCUGCCAGCGUGGGGACCCCAUCCUGGGGGACA